AAACACCAAUUAAAUACGGUCUUUGAAGUGGCUCUGAAUGGUCGUUAUUAUCUUUGGGCCUCGAAUGGCUGUGAUUCAUGAUAGAUAAAGCUCCUCGCAGCAAGGAGGUUGUAAAUAUUUUGGAUAUCUGUUAUCCUUGUGUGCGGAGCUGCCAUUGUACUCACCUAUACUCCUGUGAGAAGCGUGCGACAAGACAGUGGCUCUCAACUCCAUGCGCCGCCGAUCUGACGAGGGAGCAAUGUGCUCGUUGGGCCAGUUUCUUCCAGUGAUCAUUCAUGCCCACGCAGAGCUGUUCGAUGUGCUGAUUAGUGAGCACUUAGCUCGCACCGUACUGUCAGCUUAGGGGUGAGUGUACUGGGACCAUCUCGCAUACAUCCUGUGGGGCAGCCGACGGACAGUGAGCAUGGCGUGUGCAUGGCGAGCCCGGAGGCUGCCCCCAUGUACCAGUCGUGCCUGAGGCUGGUGGACCGGCUCCUGCGCAAGGACCAGAAGCCAGGGCGGCCGGGCCUGGCCCCGCCGGUCUACCACGAGCGCCAGGUGAAGGAGCUGUGCGCCCUGCACGCCCUCAACAACCUCUUCCAGGACGCCUCCGCCUUCUCCAAGGGCUCCCUGGACGACAUCUGCCACAGGUUCCUGUCCCCCGACCACCUGGUGAACCCGCACAAGAGCGUGCUGGGCCUGGGCAACUACGACGUCAACGUCAUCAUGUCCGCCCUGCAGCUCAGAGGAUACGAGGCCAUCUGGUUCGACAAGCGCAAGGACCCGACCUGCAUUGACCUGUCCAAGAUUGUGGGGUUCAUCCUGAACGUGCCGAGCGAGAUGAAGUUCGGCUUCCUCCAGUUCCCGCUGAGCCGCAAGCACUGGAUCGCCGUGCGCGAGGUCGAGGGCACCUUCUACAACCUCGACUCCAAGCUGGAGGCGCCCUCGCCCAUCGGCAAGGCCCCCGAGCUGUUGCAGUACCUCCGGGAGCAGGUCAAGUGCAAGGACCGCGAGAUCUUCGUCGUGGUCACGCAGGAGAUUGGGAGGGUCAAGGGCUGCUACCAGGACGCCAGGUCGACGCCUCCGCGGCAGCAGCAGGCGCCACCUUGCGAACGGACCGCGCAGUGUGCCCAGAGCCCGCCCCGCUCCGGACCCAGGCAGAAGGAAUGCGGCUGCUGAGCCUUCGAAGCAACGCCCCCGUUGCCGCGCAGUGAUGUUGCGCGACGGCCGUGGAACGAUCGCCGUGCGUCGACUACAGACGUUCUCGCAUUCCUCUUUUCGUCCCCGUGAUCGACUACACCGACGCUCUAGGUCGUCCUGCGAGGAUGGGAACGUUUCUUUGCUUGCGUCUGCCCGCGUUCUUUGGGCGUUUGGUCCCCGUCGUGCACCUUCGAGAGUGCUCCCACCGUGAGCCGUGUGCCAUUUUUGCUCGCUGCUUAGCUGCGGUGGAAACCACGUGCUCCCUGGACUAAUCUUGCGUCUCUUUCGCCACGUGAUCACGCUCCUGCCCACACCUGCGCGCAGGUAGUGAGGUCAGCGACGAAAGGGAGGCGGUCCAUUGGUGCUGCCAGCACGUAGCUUUCACUGCAAUGUCAACUUGACGGGGAUUGGAGUACAGCCACUCGCGAGUCGUCUCGAAGACAUCGUCCGCGAGCCGUCUGCUAUUCGUCCGAGGCGGUGGGGACGCGUUUGGGACGUUUCGUUAAAAUGCGAAUGUGAUGUACAGAGAUCGGGAUGUGGUCGCGCCCCGUUACUCUUUUUGUAUAUCGAUUUGUCCGGAGAAAUGUGGAACCCGCGCGAAGGCGUAGAAUUUUAACGUCACAUUCGAAUUGCUCGGCGCGUCUCGGUGCGCUCCUGCCAAACCGUCUGCGCAUCCGAACGCGCUUCUGCCUUAACUGCAGCCAGGCGGCAUUUUUUGUUCGGUCGAAGGAUUCGCGAGCUCGGGCGGCAAGACGUUCGAAACGAAGUGUCCUUUGACGUUGCGCGUUAUAUAAUUCGUUGGGGACGUUUGCAAAGCCAGAACUGCGCGAGCAUUUGCGACGGGAUUUUUGUUUCUUUUUUUCGUCGGUCCCUAAUUUAUUUCAAUCGAAGACUACUUUAACCGGACAGGGUCUGCCUAAAGCACUCCGUGAAACGUCGGGUCACUAACGCAUACUUGCACCCCGUUUGCGGUUGGUCGCCAGCGUACUUAACCCGCGUGUGACCUCUUCCCAAACGGAACUGGCAGCGAUCCAAUCAAAACUGUGCUUUACCACGCCCUUCGCGCCACCGAGCGUUUCGCGGGUGCGGUUACGCGAGGGACAGCUUUGGGCGUACCGAUGCUGUAAAUACCGCGGGGUUCGCACCGUUGUACAUACAAGACAGAUGUACAGAGAAUUCCUAUACCACCGUCAUUUUAAACUAUUUUACCUAAUCGAGCUUUUUAAGGGCGGUACUCCCUCGUGGUACGUGCCACGCGACGUUGGGACGAGUUCCGAGCAUACGGGGCGGAAGGUGGUCGCUCCCGGGAUGGUGCAAUUUCUGUGGCGACGCCCGCGCUUUGUACAAAAAGAAAAAAAAAAAAAUGUUUAUAUACGCUUUUGUUGUUUGUUUUGUCGAAAAAGCCAACUUUUAGAAUUAACGACGCUUUCCCGGUCCGAAUACCGGUACCUCUGCCGUGGCGAGGGUGGGCCGUUCCGGCGGGUACCUCUUUACUUAUGCAAAAACGUCUCGUCGAGAAAACCGCGGCCAGUCGCUAAUUUUGCAGCUUCUAGCAUUGCCGGAGUAAGUCCCUCUCCACUCCUAAAACAAGUUUUUUUGAGGUGCGUCCUUCAUAUUUACAAAGCCAGCAUCGAUCGGUCGUGAGACGAACGAGCUUCUCUCGACGGCGGCGCCUCUGUAGGCAGCGUCAAACGCACUGUUCACCGAAUGUGUACAUUGACCCUUGUUCUCCCACCGCUCGGAAAUUCCGUCCUCAAAACCUUCUAUCGGAGUCCGCUCGAAUGAACGGAAAGCAGCGUCGUUACUGGCCCGGCAUUCUUUUGGUGUGUUGGAUUCGCUCGAAUAAAUGGGAAAUAUUCUA